AAACAUGGUCACUGGGUUUUUGAAUGUUGGGUUUAAGCGUAGUUGUAGCACUAGAGAAAGAAGCAAGAUGGGCUCAGUUACAUCAGGUAUCACAAAUUAUGUACAGCUGGGAUUUUUUUUUAAAUAGAAUAAUCUGUUAUGGCACUGAGUAUUAGCGACACUUGGUCUGCUUUCUAAGUAAUUUUUGUUUCUCUCUGGGACAGUGCUUCCUUACCACGUUCUGCCUGGCCUUCCUUCUGCACAGUACUCAUUCAAUUAGUGAUAGCUCAAGUUCGCAACUUCUCUCUGACUGAAUUACAGUUCUAAUCAUCCAGUUCAUGCCUGUGGGUCCUAGCAGUUGAUACAGGAACAGAAAAUGGGAUUCUGGCCAAAAGUCAGGAAGAUACGGCACUGUUCUUACUCUGCAAAUUGCUGAUUUGCCAUCUCUACUUCAGCCUGCGUGACCUAUGUCCGCAGUUCCUUCAGUGAGGGUUCUGACCAUUAGCAGUGAAGUUGUCAGCAAAAUACAAUGCAUCAUCCAUAAAAAAUAAAAAGUAAUAAAGGAUUCAUAAUCCAAAUACAUACUUUGAAACUCGUUUCAGGCAAGUACUAUGCAGAAUAAUACUCAUUAAAAAGGGUAUUGCAUAUAGAACCGUAUUUAUUUUGAUGCACGGCUGUGUCUGCAGCCACUUUGCUGUAUGGUGAUCAACUCUCCGCUUUGCUGAGAGAGAAUGGAAAGUUGUACUGAAUGCAGGCUGGCACGCUGAUCCGAGAAACCCUUGCCUCCAUAGGUAAGGAACGAUUGUUACAGCUAGGUGAGACCAUAAGAUGUAGCGUGGCCUGUAUAGCAAAGGAUCUUGAACUACACUUAGCACUUUAAGCAGAAAUUGAUAAUAAAGUGUCACUUAACUGUAAACUGUCAAUCCACUUAAACCAGCUGUGAUUAAACUGUAAAUGUGGGGGGGAGGAGGAGAGCGUGUAUGUUUUCUGAAAAUGCAACCAGGCAUUAUUUUUAAAUUGGCCUUUGGGAACUAAGUUUUUUAGCCUAUUCAGCUAGAGCUUCUGCAACCCAGUUCUGAGUACACGGGUGUGUCUGUUAGAUUUCCCAGUCCUAGGAACGCACGACUGCCAAGCAGCAGCCACAAGAGAAUUGUUUUAUCUGUAACCUGUCUUUGGAACACGUAGAUCGGCAAUCUGCCUUCUCAUUUGUGUGCCCUAGUUUUCCAAGGCAGGCCGGGCCCCUCGCUGGGCCCCUUGCAGGGCCGCACGGGGGAGCAGGACGAGGGUGUCGCUGCUGCAGCAGCAGUUCGCCGAGUAGCCACGCUCUGUUCCAGGGCACCUGCUGAACGAGGUGUAUCUUGAAGAAGCACAGUUACAGGUAAAUAGGGUUGGGGUUUUUUUCUAUAGUCUAGGCCUUUGUACUGCUAAUUUUCAUUUCCGGAGCAGAAAAAAUCUGUUUCCAGCAGAUUAAAAAAAAAGUUUGAAGUGAAAAGACACAUUUACAAAUGUGUUGAUAAAUCACGUCACACGUCCGACCUGUUCCCGCUAGCAGGAAGAGCACGUUAAUUCACCAAGCAAACGUCUGCCGAGGUAGGAAGAAAGGGGGAAGACUCGCCGCCCCGCCCCGGACUUCCCGCCUCGCGGAGGCGCCGGCCGCGCGUGGCCUGGGCCACCUUUCCGCGGCGGCGGGUGCCUCCUGCCGGUUCGGCGCUGCCCCGCCAAGGCCUUCCGGGGAGAUGGAGGCGGAAAGCCUGAUGGUCCUGUACGGAGACGACUCGGUGGAGGUGCAUUACGCCGGCGGGUCCCGCUUGCUGCUGUCUCCCUGCGGCUGCGAGUACCUGUACGAAGCGGCGCUCCCCGCCUCUGCCCACCCUCUCCAGCCGGCGGAGACCACCCGUCAGCGGGUCGCCUUUGUCGUCAGUGCCCACAGGGAACAACUUCUACGAGCUCUGUAUUUCCGAAACAAGUUUUCUUCUCGUCCGUACUUACCUUCACGUGUUAUACCCCCAGAAAGAAAAAAGAUUAUUUUCAGUGAUAUCUUAGAAGUUAGAUGGCCUGACCCUGCUAUGGCUGAUCUGACGAGAUGUAUAGCGAAUGGCAGUGUGAAGAUCUCAUCGGUAGAUGGUUAUGCUCACCUUUACCUGUCAGAAUUGCAGCAAGAAUUUGCAGUGGCGUUCUUAUGCAAAGUCAGCCAGUCAUCUGCGGUGUCCUUCCACUCCUCCCAAAAGAACAGCAACUAUCAAACCGGAGAUAAGUAUGGAAAAUCAAGUAAAAAUUCUGUUGCAGAAAUGUCAUCGAAACAAACGAGAAUAGAGAAUGAGAAAAAUGAACAUGGUUGUGUUGAAGGUAAAUACAGAGAACCAACCAAACCAAAGGACCAAAAAGACAGAGAUGGAGUCUACACAAAUUGUUCUUCUGAAUACACAUGGGUUACACAGCACUGGUCUGUUUCCUCCUACCCAGAAGAAUGGAAAUACCCUUUGUCGUUGGCACUAAUGUGCUAUAACUUACAUACUGUUAAGAAUGAGAAAAACAACCAUACAUCUAUAGAAGCUGAUGUUUUAAAAAACCUUGAAACACAUGAAACAGUCUCUCGUUUACCUACAGCUUUGCCACUCAGCUGCAGAGCCCCGCAUUUACACAGGUGGACUUUCUGUGACUUCUUUCAGAAUCAAGAUACUGAAAAGCAUUCAUGCCCUCAGCUAAUUCAGAUUGUAUGGUGGCAGGGUGUUCUUUAUAGAUUUAUCCAUGGUAGGACAAACAUCACAGAAAUUUAUCCUGGUGAUGACUCAUUUUUCAAGUCAGAGGGAGCAUUUUUGGGAAACUAUUUCAUACAUUAUGCAAUCCAAAAAGGAACAAAAAAGAGAGAAGAAAAGAUGUAUUCGGUAAACAGCCUACCUCCUGAUGUACCAGGAAAUCUGUACUCUGUAUCCUCCAUUAUUACUCAAGCAACCAGAAUACUUCAGUACUGCUACAAGACUAAACUAUCAUUAACUCAUAACUAUUAUCUCUGCUGCUGGAAGAUGGUACCUGAGACAGAUGGACGAGAAAUGUUGCCAGUUUUGCUCCAUGAAGAGGCUGUUCCCAGUGUAGGAAGACUUGUCAUGUACUCGGAUCAUAAAAUCCAUGCUGCUUUUUGGGAUGGGAUGACCUUGAAUAUGGUCUGGGAUUUAAGCUCUUCCUGUAGUCAGAUCCAGAUAAAUGAAGAUGUAGGCUGGUGUAAGUUAACUACUCCUGAUGGCAUACAGCAGCUAGUGCAAAUAAGUCAUCCUGGAAUCUAUGAAAGGUACAUCAGAACAGCAAUAGAAUGGUGCAGAAGUUUGCAUGAAAGGAAGGAGAUUCCUGAACAUACUGCAUGCUCUGUAACUGAAGAAAAUUGGUCUGCUGAUGCUGAGCUCAAAAAAAUACAGAGAUUUAACUUUUUAUUGGAUAAUAGCAAUGUUCUGGAAAGGACAUCUGCUGCAAAAAACAACCCAUCUGGUAUUACUGUCAGAAGAACAGAAAACGGGAGCAAGCCGGAAGAAAUCAAUGAAGGGUGUGUCUUGGAGGCUUUGGAAAAAACUUCUAAAGUAAUUCAGGAUAUUGAAUCUCUGCUGGCAGCUUCUCGGAAAUGAAGCCUCACUGCAUGUGAAGAGCUGUGUUCCGUAUUUUCAUAGGAGCUGUCCCGGCUAUGUCUGAGGAGGCUUUGAGGUGCGAGAGGAAGGAAGGCUGAAGGCAGCGUGAUGAUAAGUUGCCAUGAUAAUGCCGCAGCACACCAGCAGAGUCUGUCAGUUGCCACUGUAGUACCACCGUUGGAUAUUGUGGAUAGGCAAAAAGAACAGGUGAAAUGAUAGAGCAUAGCGGUACAAAUACAUCGAGGCUUGUGCAGCUUUUAAAUGUGUGAAUGUCUAUUUGAAUCUCUUAUAGAGGAUUGUGCAACUAAGUUAACUGCUCAAGCGACUAGGAUAGGAAUAAGCAGUUUUAACUGUAAAAAUGUGCUUUUAUUCAGAAGCUUACACCAAGUAGUCCAACACUGAAUAAAAAGUUUCCCAAACGCUUCCUA